AUGUAAACAAUUCAUUUGAAAAAUUUAUUAAAGGAUAAUAGAGAAUUAAAGAAAUAGUUCACAUUAAAUAAAAAGUUUGAUAUAACUUCAGUACCAAUUUUAGUUAGAAAUAAAAGUUGCGAAUGUUUAGAAUGCGGUGGAUAAAUUAUUAAAUAAAUUGAAGAACAAAAAAUCAAUAUCAAAUUACCUGUUAAAUACAUUCCUAAAUUUAUAACUUAACAUGAAAAAUUAAAAAGGCUCAACCUUUACUCAAAAAAAGAAUAAAAUACAUAAAAGUAUUUGAUAUUUUAAAUGUUAGUAUGGAUUUCUUGUCUAUUGCUCCAAAAAGAAAUUAAUUGUAAUUUACUAAUUUAAAUGAAUAACCUUUAAUAAGUCCUACUUUAGAAUAACCUAAAAGAGAUAUGAGAAAAUUAAGUAGACUCAUAGAAAAAUAUGAAACUACUAGAAUUGACAUAAUUUAAUAAUGUAAAACCUUGCCUGAUGCCGCAUCUAAAUCUUAAAAUCAAUAUAAAUAUUUGAACAGAUAAAAAACUUAACAUUAUUCAUAUAUCAAAAUUCUACCUUUAGGUAAUGAUGAAUAAAUAAAAUCUGAAACCAAUAGCAAUCAUCGCAAAAAUUCAUCUCAAAAAACUCCUUUAAGAAAUUAGGUUUAUAAAGAAUUAAAUGAAAAUACAAUUUUAAGAUAGUUGUAAACUCCAAUAUUAUAAAAAUCUAAAUUUUCAAAUUAUCCAAUAUUAGAUUUUUCUGAUGGAAUAAGAAAAGCUAUGGAAAAGAUUAAAGAAAUAGAUGAAUUUUCUAAUAAUAGUAAAAUUGUAAGUACUUAAUUCAAUGAAGAUUCUAAAAAUAAAAAUAGAGGAGCUAUUUUGUUGAAAUCUAUUUUAGAUUGUACAAAACUUUUAGAAAAAAAUCCAAAAUAGUUAAAAAAGCUAGAUGUUUUUGUAAGAGCUAAAUCGCUAAAUCGGAAAUUAAGUAAACAUGAGAGAAUCUACUCACCAUCAAAGAUUUAUUUACCUAAAAUCAUUAGAAGAUGA